AUGAAUGCGAAAGAAGUAGUGCAAGCAAGCACAAAAGUCAGCCCCUCGGGCACAACACUGUUAACAGAUAACGCCAGGAUAUCAGGUGGACACAUUAACCCUGCGACAUUUGGUAUUUUUCUGGCAAGGAAAUUGUCUCUAACCAGGGCAGUUUUCUACAUUGUGAUGCAAUGCCUUGGUGCAAUCUGUGGUGCUGGUGUUGUCAAAGGGUUCCAGCCAUCUUUGUAUCAGGUUAAGGGUGGAGGUGCCAAUGUUGUAAAUCAUGGUUUACACCAAAGGAGAUGGCCUUGGUGCUGGGGAUUGAGAUUGUUGGCACUUUUGUUCUUGUCUAUACAGUUUUUUCUGCUACUGAUGCCAAAUAUAAUGCAAGGAGACACCAUGUCCCGUGUGACUACUUAUCUUGACUUCUCAUUUUUGUACUUGUAG